AUGAGUUUGAAGCUUCUUAACGGUAUAUCAUUAUUAAAAAUACAAACAUUGAAAAGUGCAUUCCGUACAUUCUGUGUUGCAUCUACCACGUAUUCUAAAGAUGUCUUGAAAGAAGAUUAUGAUGCUGUUAUUAUUGGGGGUGGUCAUAAUGGAUUGGUAACUGCAGCUUAUUUGCAGAAAAAUGGGUUGAAAACCUUGGUUCUUGAGAGGAGACAUCUGAUUGGUGGAGCAGCUGUAACUGAAGAGAUCAUUCCUGGAUUCAAGUUUUCCAGAGCAUCCUAUGUACUGAGUUUACUAAGACCCCAAAUAUACAAAGAUUUGGAACUUAAAAAACAUGGAUUAAAGGUAUAUUUACGUGAACAAUUUGCCUUCACACCAGUCCUGGAUGGGAAAAACAGUUACCUUCUUUUAGGAAACGACAAAGAGGAAACAUUUAACCAAAUAGCCAAGUUUUCAGAGAAAGAUGCCAAGGCGUACUUUCGUUAUGAGAAAAUGAUUAGUAAGAUAGCCGAGUCGAUUGAACCAUUACUAGAUAACCCUCCAGUUGAUAUACCAAGGCUUACAAAAGGAACAUUUAAACAGAAAUUGCGAACAUUGCCAUCCAUAAAAGCACUCUUUUCUUUAGGUGUAAAGCUUAGUGACGAUAUCUCAUCAUUUUAUGAAUUAAUAACGUCUCCAACAACCAAGAUCCUAGAUCACUGGUUUGAAUCUGAACCACUGAAAGCGACACUAGCUACCGAUGCUGUUAUUGGUGCCAUGUUGAGUCCCACAACACCUGGCAGUGGAUAUGUAUUAUUACAUCAUGUUAUGGGAGAGAUAGAAGGCAUAAAAGGUGCAUGGGGAUACCCUGAAGGUGGUAUGGGUGCAGUGUCUGGAAGUAUAGCUAAGGCAGCAUUAUCGUAUGGUGCCACAAUUCUAACUGAGCAGACUGUGGAGAAAAUAUUGUUGAAAUCUGAUGGAUCAUCAGCGGGUGUCAGGUUGAAAGACGGUACAGAGAUCAAGUCAAGAUUGGUUUUCUCAAAUGCUACGCCCAAGGUGACAUUUUGUGACUUGGUACCAAGGUCAGGCUUAUCUCAGGAGUUUUUUGAUGAAAUCAACAAAAUUGAUUAUACAUCACCAGUAACCAAAAUCAAUGUGGCUGUAGACAGACUCCCUAACUUUACCGCAAUUCCCAAUAACUCUGAUGGCAGUCCAUCACCGCAUCAUAGUUGUACAAUUCACCUCAACUGUGAAUCAAUGCAAUAUAUUGAUGAAGCUUACAAUGAGGCCUUGCAAGGAGAAAUACCAACCAGACCAAUGAUAGAAAUGGUUAUACCGUCAUCAUGUGAUCCAACCAUCGCACCACCCGGAAGUCAUGUGAUCUCUUUGUUUACACAGUAUACUCCGUACACACUGAAAGAUGGCAAAGAAUGGGAUGAUACAAUGAGAAAUAAUUAUGCUGAUAAAAUAUUUGAUGUUAUUGAACAGUAUGCUCCGGGUUUCAAGUCUAGCGUAGUUGGACGUGAUAUUCUCACUCCACCGGAUUUGGAAAGAAUAUUUGGACUGACUGGAGGGAACAUCUUUCAUGGUGCUAUGUCAUUAGACCAGUUGUAUCUUGCAAGACCCAGUUACAGAUCACCCAUUGCUGGCCUCUAUCUUUGUGGUAGUGGAGGCCAUCCAGGUGGUGGUGUAAUGGGAGCUCCAGGAAAAAACGCAGCAAUGACUGCACUACAAGACAUGAAAUAGAUCACGCUGUACCAAAACAAUAUCGAUAUCAUAAUCUGUUGGACAUUUUUUAACCAGAAUCAGCAUUUUAAAAUGUAAAAUGUUUAAUUUUCAAGAGAGAAUAUUUAACAAAAUUAUUUUAUGCCAUAUAUAUGAAUUGUAAAUAAUUUGUUCCCAAUAAUCAAAAACAUAGUGUACAAAUUGCAACCUUGUGUUCAUAGAUACCUUGGCAGGAAUAAAUAAGAUGGUGCGAUAAAGGUGUUGGAAUUUUAACAUGCGGAAAAUGAUUACAGCCAGUUUCAAAUGUUACACAAAAGGAUUGUGAGUGCUUUGAAGUCAG